AUGGAUAGGAAAGAAAUACUAGAAAAGAAGAGGCAACGACUACUUGAACUUCGAAAACGAAGGGAAGAGAUAAGCCUGCUAAAUGUGGAUCGGCUUCUGCCUCCUGUGGUUCCAGAGAUCUCAACCAAGAUCGAUUUUGCGGUUCAGGUUGAUCUCAUUCCCCAAGUUUCAGAUCAUUCCAGUGAACGAAUACGCACAGAACCGGUACAAGUGGAAAGCAAUGGACAUGUUCACAAGUUCGAUAAGGCGGUCCAAACGCAUUUUGAGGACCUAGACUCUGAAGAAGAAAAUCAAGACGAUAACAAAGCUGGUAAAAAUCUGAACGAAAAUGAGCAUGCCGAAACUAAAGAACUUGGUGAUUCGGCCGAAGAUCUCCUAAAGAAUGAAAUUUCUAAUCAUGAGGUCAGAGAUGAAGCAGAAAUCAUCAAGGAUGCCUUAGAGGCAGAGCUACAAAAUAUUGGGUCUACCUUUCGUUUUUCUAAGCUUCGUUUGGGUGGAGAUACUCUGGAUGAUGUUAAGAUGCAAGAUGUAGCACCCUUUAAUGAAAUUCCUGGUGUUUCUGGCUUUUUUGAAAGACCUAUAUCUUCUAUUGAUGUCUGUCCGAAAUUUCCGGAACUUUUAUUAGUGGCAUAUGGAGCGAAUAACUACAAAUCUAAAGAUGCAGCUAAGAAGAACGUUUUCACCUCAUUAGGUUUAGCAAUUGUCUUCAACAUGACUACACAACCCCCGGUUCCUGAAUUUUUUCUUCAGUGCACAUUCGAGAUUACUACAGUUCAAUUUGAUAAGUCUAAUCCAUACCGUGUUAUUGGUGGUUUGGCGAAUGGGCGCAUUGUGAUUUGGGACUUGUCAAAAGUUGAACCGUCCAAAGUUGCUGUGCUUCCUAUCUUGCAAACUACCACGUUGGCAUCGAUUGUGGAAAAGCAAAACAAAUUGUACAUUCAUCACACGAGCCCGAUUGUUUCUCUUUUGCAAUUGGACCUCAAUAAUCACGAAAGUUCUAGCAUUGUUUCAGUAUCCAGUGAUGGCAUUAUUAAUUCGUGGUCGCCCAAUUUUCUUGCCUUUCCCAAGUUAGAUUCCAUUAGAAUAUCUACUGGUACUGAUCGACUCAAAGAUAACAUCUCAGUUAGUAACGCAAUUAUGGUUCAUAAUGCGCAUAUUUUCUCCUCUAAGGAUCGCAUGGUACAUGUCCCUGAAUAUCGAUUUCUCAAUCAAUUGGUUGUCGGUUCAAAGAACGGAUCUUUAUACAGACUAUCCAACAACCAAAAAAAGCGGUAUAUUGAAAGUGUCUUCGACUGUCCCGAUGAUGUGCCAGGUCAAAAUACUCAUAUUCACAGUAUAUCUGAUAUCGCUGAACUUUAUAUUUCGUCUACAUCCUCAUUUUUAGUCUCGUCGCACUACGACUGGAGCUUGAGAUUAUGGGACCUCAAAUCGCCUAGCCCAAUUCUAACUAUUCCUACUAGUAUGAUCAUCACGGGCAUUUAUCCGCGCCCUUCCCACUCACAACAGAUAAUCACAAUUGGAUACGUGAAUCCGCCUGAAGUUGGUGUUUGUAUUGACUUUUGGGACUUCCGGCUAAAAGCUAUGUCGCCAGUCUAUUCAAUUAGCGUCACCAAGAAGUCAGUGCAGUCAAUUUCUGCCAAAUUUGACCAUGAAGGAAAACGUUUUUUUGUUGCAUUUGAUGAUGGAGAUGUGAAGAUUUGGGAAGUCGAGGACAUGAGACUUCAGUCUGAGUCCGAAAUCUUGAAGACGAAUGAAGCAGAUGAGACCUUGGAGACGCUCCUCAAAAGAUAA